GUCUGAGUGCGGGACCACUUCCGGCGAGGAGCCGCCAUGAAGCUACUGACCCACAACCUGCUGAGCUCUCAUGUCCGCGGGGUUACCCGCGGCUUCCCGCUGCUGCUGACGGCCUCCGAAGUGAAAAUCAACACGGUGGACUUCAACCAGGAUUUCAUCUCCCGAAUGAUUCCGAAGAUGGAGUGGGGCGUGCUGGUCGAUGCUGCAGAGAGUAUUGGACACAGGAACGACCUUCCCAAAGAGUUGCCCCCGGAUCCACAGAGCAACGAGGAGUUCCUGCAGAAGGUGCACCAUGUCCUGCUGGAGGUCGAGGUGGUGGAAGGAGUGCUGAAGUGUCCGGAAUCUGGCCGGGAAUUUCCCAUCUCGAAGGGAAUUCCCAACAUGCUUCUGAACGAAGACGAGGUGUAGGUGUUCCGGGAUCUCCCGGCCUGUCUCUGUGCCACCCUGUUUGCCCCCUGUCUCCGGAUCGGACUGUCCGUAACCUAUCAGCGUUGGACCGUCCCAGGCAGUCAGCAGCCUUUGCUUUUGUAUUUUAGCUCGUGCAGCUUCGACUGCAUUUCCAUCUCCUCCCCCUCCCCCGCCCGGUGAUGGCCCGGGGGAGGUGGUCAGGGAGCUCAGGGGAUUCCUGUCCGGAAUGCUGGGGCUGGAACUGUUUGGGGAAUCUUCCUCCGGUGGAGCUCUGUCACCAUAGUGGUGUCUGAGCACAGGGGCCUCGCUCUUCCUGCCAUUCACAACCUACACUUGUCACAGUGGGGCGCCGGAUUUGUUAUUUAAAAUAAAUGUGUUUUUUUUUAAAGAU